AUGCGGAUACUCGGUGCUGUUUAUGGACAGAUCCUAUUAUUCUGCGCGACAGGGCUGGUGAUCCUUGCGAACGUGGGACAGCUAACAGGUAACAUGGUGGCGCGUAACAUUCGACUGUUUUCUGUCCAGCCUUACAAUGAUUUCGAGAAUGGCAAAGGUACAACGAGCAAGUACGAUUAUCCUAUCGGCCAAAACAACGGUAUACGCCCUUUGUAUGCGUGGGGGUUGUACAACUACUGUGGUGGCUCGACAGACUACGAGGUUUUGCGUUGCUCGCCCUCCAAGUUUGGUUUCACAUUCAACAUUGUUCAAGCGGUUGCGGACGAUAUCCCUGCCAAUAUUAGCAAUAUUAACCUGCCAGCAAUCGAGAACCAGUCGUCCAUCACAAACUACACUAGGGCUGCAUUCUAUCUUCUUUUUGUCGGCACGAUCCUUGUGGGCGUAGCCUUUCUUGUUUCAUUGCUAUUCCACCCGGCCGCUCUCUCAUUGGCGUCUAUCCUCACAUUCCUUGGUUUUGCCGUGCUGGUAUGCGGUGCCAGCAUUGACACGUACUUCAUCAAUCAACUAAAGAACCACACUCUCGGUAUCCAGUCAUCGAUGAUUGAAUUUGGCAAUGCCCUUUGGAUGUUCUGGGCCGCUGUCGGCGCGGCUUUGUUCGCCAUGCCAGGACUUAUUGGUGGCGCUGCUGCUGGUCACGCAGAUACACCCUACUAA